AUGUAUGGUCGCUAUACCAAAGAUUUAGGAGAAUACGCCAAAGAAGAAGCUAAAAAAUUAAAAGCGCUCGAAAAGAAAAGGAAAAAAGAAGAAAAAUUAAGGGAGAAAGAUUUACAAAAAUACAGGGGAGAAGGUAUAACGAAAAUAUUAUCCGUCGUAUCGUUCAUAUGGAGGAACACGUUUGCUCGUUUAGGCGAAGAUUGGGUAUUUUUAGCACUUUUAGGUAUCAUAAUGGCACUCCUUAGCUUUUUAAUGGAUCACGGUAUUAGCAUGUGUAAUAAAGCUCGAUUAUGGUUGUAUCGAGAUCUCGCAACGCAUCCGGCUCUUCAAUAUCUCGCUUGGGUCGUAUUACCCGUUUUUUUAAUAUUAUUUUCCGCGGGUUUUGUUCACAUUGUUGCUCCCCAAUCCAUAGGUUCGGGUAUACCUGAAAUGAAAACGAUUCUACGAGGUGUUGCUCUUAAGGAAUAUUUAACAUUUAGAACGCUUAUUGCAAAAGUCGUAGGAUUGACGGCGACGUUAGGAAGUGGUAUGCCAUUGGGAAAAGAGGGUCCUUUUGUACACAUAGCAUCAAUAUCAGCAACUCUUUUAUCAAGGUUGGUUACAUCGUUCCAGGGUAUUUAUCAAAACGAAUCGAGAAAUACGGAAAUGUUGGCAGCAGCGUGCGCUGUUGGAGUUGCCAGUUGUUUUGCGGCACCCAUAGGAGGAGUUUUAUUUUCAAUAGAAGUAACGACGGUUUAUUUUGCUGUUAGAAAUUAUUGGAGAGGAUUUUUUGCUGCCGUUUGCGGCGCGACAUUUUUCAGACUUUUGGCAGUUUGGUUUAAAAAAGAAGACACGGUGACGGCCGUUUUUGCAACGGAUUUCACAAACGAUUUUCCAUUCGACCCGCAAGAAUUAAUCGUUUUCUCUUGCAUCGGUGCUUUUUGCGGCCUUGGUGGUGCUUUUUACGUGUGGGUGCAUAGACAAUACGUAUUGUUUAUGAGAAAAAAUAAAAAAAUGAACAAGUUUUUACAAAAAAAUCGAUUUUUAUAUCCGGGCAUCGUGUCUCUCAUGGCAGCUUCGACGUGUUUUCCACUCGGUUUGGGUCGUUACAUGGCCGGAGAUCUGAGCACGCACGAUCAAGUAACAUCCUUGUUUACAAAUUUCACGUGGACGAAAAGUGAAUUCACCGUCGAAGAAGUUGAAAUAUUGAGACACUGGAGCACGGAUCACAGCAACGUAUUCGUCAGUUUGGGAGGAUUUACAUUGUUCACGUUUGUUUUUUCGAUAAUCGGAUCGACGAUACCCGUACCUUCGGGUAGUUUUAUACCAGUUUUUAAAAUUGGGGCUGGAAUCGGACGAGCCAUGGGUGAACUCAUGCACAUUUGGUUUCCCUACGGCGUACGUUACGGAGGUUUUAUCACUCCCAUAAUUCCCGGUGGUUACGCAACGGUUGGAGCAGCAGCAUUUUCAGGAGCGGUAACACAUUCAAUAUCCGUAUCCGUUAUAGUUUUUGAAAUGACCGGACAAAUAACUCACAUCAUUCCAAUCAUGAUUGCAGUUCUUAUUUCUAAUGCCACGGCGGCUUUACUUCAACCCUCGCUUUACGACAGUAUUAUUCUAAUUAAAAAAUUACCCUACCUCCCCGAUCUUCUACCAUCCAGUUCAGGAAUGUAUUCUAUAUACGUUGAAGAUUUUAUGAUUCGUGACGUCAAAUACAUUUGGAACGGUAUGACGUAUAAAGAAUUGAAAAACAUUCUUCAGGAGAAUAGAAAUUUAAGAGGUUUUCCGCUGGUUGACAAACCGGAAUCCAUGAUUUUAUUAGGUUCGAUGCAACGAUUAGAACUUAGGAGGUUAAUACAAAAACAAAUCGGAAGGGAAAGGAGGUUGCAAGUUGUUGCAAAAUGGCAGAAAGAAGCUCAACAACGGGUAAUGGAAGAACUCGAGAAAAAAAUGCAAGAAGCAAAUAAUAAAAAACAAAGAAGACCUUCCAGAUUUGAAGUGGUGCCAACAAAAGAUGUCAUUAAUUCGUUAAAUACUUUACCCAGUCACGAUUUUCAUUAUUCGACUCAGAGACAUCAUCAUCCAGUUUUCGGUAUACAACCGAAGAAAUCCAUAUUGAAAAAAACAAAUUCAUUUAAUUUAAGAGAUUCUGGUUUGUUGACACCGCCAAGAGGUACACCGUACUCGACAAUCACCGGAGCAGAAAGCAGAAUAAGAUUAGCUUUCGAAGCCAUAUUUAAAAAAUCGACAACACUUCAAGAUGUCAAUCCGGAUCCGGAAGCUGGAGAAGAACUUAAAAUGACGCCGAUAAACGACGUGACUGUAAUAAGAGAAACAAAUUCUGGAAUGGCGACACCCAUAGGUCACACAAAUUUGAAAAAAGUUCAACUGCCGAGGGAAAGAGUCAUCGAUAUGUCACCAGAAGAUCAAAAACAAUGGGAAGAAGAAGAAAUGUCUGUACCUGUAAAUUUCGAAUCUUCACACAUUGAUCCAGCACCUUUUCAAUUGGUCGAAAGGACUUCCCUGUUAAAGGUUCAUUCGUUAUUCAGUAUGGUUGGUGUUAAUCAUGCUUACGUGACAGCCAUUGGAAGGCUCAUCGGAGUCGUCGGAUUGAAAGAAUUGAGGAAAGCGAUCGAAGAUGCAAAUUCUGGUAAUUUCACAUCGAAUCAACCCGCAAACAAAGGAGGAGGAGGAGACAAUGAAGAAUUGAUAGCAAAUUCCAAAGAGGAUUCUAAACCGGAAGACACUCUUGUGAUCGAAACCAAUAAAGAAAAUUUAUAA